CCAAGGCCAUCGUCAGAUGUCGGCGCAGAGAAAACAGGAACGGCUGAAAGAAUAGUGAAGGAGUGAACGAGCACGCUGCGUGGAGGAAAAAGUGUCUCUUGCAAUCACCUCAGCUGUCAACAGACUGAAAGAGGCUUGCGAUUUAUGAGACAAUAGCCAUUCUUCUGAAUCAUACUAACACUGUGAUUUGUGUGAUAUAGCACCAUGUCAGCGAAAGCAAUCUCAGAGCAGACAGGGAAGGAGUUUCUCUAUAAGCACAUUUGCACUACAGCUGCUGUACAGAACCGGUUUCGCUAUGCUAAUGUCACACCAGAAACUGAUUGGGAGCGACUGGUUCAGGAUCAUCCCUGGCUUCUGACAGAGAAAUUGGUUGUUAAACCUGAUCAGCUGAUUAAACGCAGAGGGAAGCUGGGUUUGGUGGGUGUUAACCUGGACCUGAAUGGUGUGAAGGAAUGGCUUAAACCUCGCCGUAUGCAGGAGACUACGGUGGGGAAGGCUAAAGGGAUACUCAAGAACUUCCUGAUAGAGCCUUUUGUUGCCCACAAGCAGGAGGAGGAGUUUUAUGUGUGCAUCUAUGCCACGCGUGAGGGCGAUUACAUGCUCUUCCAUCACGAGGGUGGUGUGGACGUGGGAGACGUGGACUCCAAAGCCCUGAAACUCCUGGUGGGAGUGGAUGAGAAGAUCACCCCCGAGACAGUGAAGAGUGAACUACUCAAAAAUGCUCCAGAUGACAAAAAAGAAGUGUUAACAAGUUUCCUGGUGGGCCUGUUCAACCUGUAUGAAGACCUUUACUUUACAUACUUGGAGAUAAACCCUCUUGUGGUCACUAAAGAUGGAGUGUUUGUGCUGGACAUGGCUGCUAAAAUCGAUGCCACCGCUGAUUACUUGUGUAAGGCCAAAUGGGGAGAUGUUGAGUUUCCCCCACCCUUUGGCAGAGAAGCUUAUCCUGAGGAGGCAUACAUAGCCGAUUUGGAUGCUAAGAGCGGUGCCAGCCUCAAGCUCACUCUCCUCAAUCCACGUGGACGAAUCUGGACCAUGGUGGCAGGGGGCGGAGCCUCUGUUGUUUACAGUGACACAAUAUGUGAUCUGGGUGGAGUCGAUGAACUGGCCAACUAUGGUGAAUAUUCAGGUGCCCCAAGUGAACAACAGACCUACGACUAUGCCAAAACCAUACUGUCACUCAUGACCCGCGAGAAACAUCCCGAUGGUAAAGUACUGAUCAUUGGAGGCAGCAUCGCCAACUUCACAAAUGUAGCGGCAACAUUCAAGGGUAUUGUCAGGGCCAUCAAAGAUUACCAGGACCCUUUGAAGGAGCACGAGGUGACCAUAUUUGUCCGGCGUGGUGGUCCGAACUACCAGGAAGGGUUGAGGGUGAUGGGGGAAGUUGGAAAGACCACUGGUAUCCCUAUUCAUGUCUUUGGCACUGAGACCCACAUGACGGCUAUUGUUGGGAUGGCAUUAGGCCAAAGGCCAAUCGAAACACAGCCUCGCGGUGCAGCGCACACGGCCAACUUCCUGCUCAACUCCAGUACCGGUACCACUACUCCCGCCUCCACCAGAUCGGCCUCUUUUUCUGAGGUCAAGACUGGAGCAGACAGCUCAUCAGCUCAUAAAAACAAAGCUGGAGCUCCACCAGCCAAAAGCACCACUCUGUUCAGUAACCACACUAAGUCCAUAGUGUGGGGAAUGCAGACACGGGCUGUGCAAGGAAUGCUGGACUUCGAUUACACAUGCUCGCGAGAGGAGCCAUCUGUGGCGGCUAUGGUUUACCCCUUUACUGGAGACCAUAAGCAGAAGUUUUACUGGGGUCAUAAGGAGAUCCUGUUGCCAGUCUAUAAGAACAUGUCUGACGCCAUGAAGAAACAUCCAGAAGUGGAUGUGCUCAUCAACUUCGCCUCUCUCCGCUCGGCUUACGACAGCACCUUGGAGACCAUGCAGUUUCCACAGAUCCGCACUAUAGCCAUCAUAGCUGAGGGUAUCCCAGAGGCUUUGACUCGCAAGCUCAUCAAAACAGCGGAUGAGAAGGGAGUCACCAUCAUUGGUCCUGCAACGGUUGGCGGAAUCAAACCAGGCUGUUUUAAGAUUGGUAAUACUGGAGGAAUGCUGGAUAACAUCCUGGCAUCUAAGCUGUACAGACCGGGCAGUGUGGCAUACGUCUCUCGCUCUGGUGGAAUGUCUAAUGAGCUCAACAACAUCAUCUCACGCACUUCAGAUGGAGUAUAUGAAGGUGUUGCCAUAGGAGGAGACAGGUAUCCAGGCUCUGUGUUCAUGGAUCAUGUGUUGAGGUAUCAGGACACACCUGGAGUGAAGAUGAUUGUUGUACUUGGAGAGAUUGGAGGAACUGAGGAGUACAAGAUUUGUCAGAGCAUUAAAGAGGGCAGACUCACCAAACCUGUGGUCUGCUGGUGCAUUGGAACCUGUGCCACUCUCUUCUCAUCUGAGGUCCAGUUUGGCCACGCUGGAGCUUGUGCUAACCAGGCUUCUGAGACUGCAGUAGCCAAGAACAAAGCACUGGAAGAGGCAGGAGCCUACGUGCCCAGGAGUUUUGAUGAGCUGGGUGAUGUCAUAAAAUCUGUGUAUGAUAAUCUGGUGGCCAAUGGUGUUAUUGUGCCCGCUAAAGAGCUGCCGCCCCCUACGGUGCCGAUGGAUUAUUCCUGGGCCCGAGAGCUAGGACUCAUCCGUAAGCCGGCAUCGUUCAUGACCAGUAUCUGUGAUGAAAGAGGACAGGAACUCAUUUAUGCCGGCAUGCCCAUUACUGAAGUCUUUAAAUCUGAAAUGGGACUGGGGGGAACUCUCGGUCUGCUCUGGUUCCAGAGGAGGCUGCCGCGCUAUGCAUGUCAGUUUAUUGAGAUGUGUCUGAUGGUCACGGCUGAUCACGGCCCUGCUGUAUCUGGAGCUCAUAACACCAUAGUGUGUGCACGUGCUGGUAAAGAUCUGAUAUCCAGCCUCACUUCGGGACUCCUCACCAUCGGCGAUCGUUUUGGAGGUGCCCUGGACGCAGCUGCAAAGCAGUUCAGCAAGGCUUUUGACAGCGGCAUGCUGCCGAUGGAGUUUGUAAACAAAAUGAAGAAAGAUGGAAAACUCAUUAUGGGCAUUGGACAUAGAGUGAAAUCCAUCAAUAAUCCUGACAUGCGAGUGCAGAUCCUCAAAGAUUUCGUCAAACUGAAUUUCCCUGCUACGCAGCUGCUGGAUUACGCCCUGGAGGUUGAGAAGAUCACCACUUCAAAGAAACCAAACCUCAUCCUGAAUGUGGAUGGAUUUAUCGGAGUGGCUUUUGUGGAUUUGUUGAGGAACUGCGGUGGCUUCACUCGUGAUGAGGCGGAUGAGUUUGUGGAGAUUGGGGCACUUAAUGGCAUCUUUGUCCUGGGCCGCAGCAUGGGAUUCAUAGGUCAUUAUCUAGACCAGAAGAGGUUGAAACAGGGUUUGUACCGCCAUCCUUGGGACGACAUUUCUUAUGUUCUUCCAGAGCAUAUGACCAUGUAAUGAUGGAAACUGUUCCAGUUCAUCUCAUGAAGCGAUGGGAAAAUGAAGCGUGGAUCUUAUAGAAUUAAAAUGUUUUUAAGUGCGUGUAAAUGUGUAUAUGCAUUUAUGUUUCUUAAUGUUAUUUUCUAUACGUUUUCUUGUGUGUGCAAGUGUGGGAAACUGAAUUAAUCGCUUUAAACUGCAGUUAAAGCUUGUCCGUAACAUAAAUUACCUAGCAUCAAUCAUCUCUUGCAAAGUCAUUUAACUGUGAAAAUACAUGAAUACAUUCCAGAUCUCUGUAGUAAACGUGUCUCAUGUAUAUUUAAAAGUAUAAAUCUAAUAAUUAUGUUAGCGUGCCUACUUAGUAAGUUAAACUAGAUUAGACACUUAAUGGCCUCUAGCAUUGUCUUUCACACAGACAUCUAUGUAACUAUGAGUUUGUAAUCCCGCACUUGUAAAGUCACAUAACACUAAGGUAUCCUAAUAGCUGGGCUGGUAUUAUAUUUGGUAUUUUGCAAAUUGUGCCAUCUGUAAUUAACCGUUUAUUGUUCAAAAAAAGUGCAAUAACUAUCUGCGUUUAAAAGUGAGCAACAGCUUUAUGUGUCUCAAUAUUUUAUUGUCCUAUCAAUUAAUAUGCAAGAUUAAAAAAGAAUGUACCUAUUUUUAAUAAAUGUAUACAAAUCAAACAAAUAUUUUGAACAUCACUGUUAUUUGUAGACGUGCGACCGACGUGCCAUAAAGUUCAACAAUUUUUACAGUCCAUCUGCUAUUAAACAUCUGCACAGUAUUUAAUUUGUUGCUUAAAAUCUAAAUCCAAUACCGCCUUAUUUAUUUUCUUUUUACAUUUUUUUUUUAUUCCACCCAAGCUUAGCUGUGAUGACUAUUAAACUGAAGUCUGUUGUAAAGCAUAUUCAUUAGUUGUGUAUUGUUUAAUGUAAUUAAUUACAAUAAAGGCUUUAAAGGUUAA